AUGCGUGCAGACCUAAGGAAGAAACUAGUUUUUCCCGAGGAAGUAGCCCAUACAACUCUCAGACCCGACAUAGUGCUAUGGUCAAAGGCGGCGAAGCGGGUGAUCCUUGUAGAGCUAACUGUGCCAGGGGAGGAGAGGAUCGAGGAGGCCUAUGAGCUGAAGAAAGCCAAAUACCAGGAUCUGGCAGAUGUAUGCAGAGAUAGAGGCUGGAAGACAUGGAUCUUUCCAGUGGAAGUUGGAUGCAGAGGAUUUCCAUCACAGUCGGUGUGGAAGAUGUUUGGAGCACUGAGCGCAGAAGGAAGAGUCAGGAAGACUACAAUCCACGCCCUGGGCAAGGCAGCUGAACGAGCAUCAAUGUGGCUCUGGGAUCUCAAGGAAGUGAAGGGAGGAACAUACCUCGGAGUCCAUAUCGACGAGAAGAUGUCCAUGAACACGCAUGUAGCCACGACCGCAAAGAAAGCAAACAACAGCCUCGCUUUCCUCAGGAGAAACCUGACAAGCUGCCCACAUGAUAUAAGGGCACAGUGUUACCAGACCCUUGUCAGGCCAAUCCUAGAGUAA